AUGGCAUCACUUGUAUCGGCGGUAUGCCAAAUAACACCCUAUAACGAGACGGUUUCGAAGCAAGAGAAACCCAAGAACAAAGAGAGGGGUUUCCUCAAUACUCAUUCAGCAGAAAACGAAUUGAGCAAGUGCGACUUCGAGCGAAACGAGAGCAAUGCUGAAAAGUUUAUUGACUCGCCAAAGCCUUGUCCUGUUUGUAAGAAAGAUGGACACAAGUUAUAUGGGAAAAAGGGCAAGUUUGAAACUUUGGCUUUUCUAGAUGACGGAUCUUCCUUGACACUAGUAGAAAAGCAUAUAGCGAAUCAGUUGGGGAUUGAAGGCGAGGCAGAGCCACUCUGCUUGCAAUGGACGAGCAACGUAAAACGGAUGGAAAAAGAAUCCAAAUUGAUUAGCUUGGAAAUCUCUGCGUCCAAUGGCAACCAACGUCACAUGUUAAAUAAUGUACGGACAGUUGAGAGCCUUGAGUUACCCAGACAGUCGCUACAAUUUGAUGAGUUAGCAGGAAGAUUCCCAUACAUCAGGGAUCUGCCUGUGCAGAGUUUUAAGGAGGGCGCUCCUGGUAUAUUGAUAGGGCUGGAUAACGCCAGGCUAAUUGUCACACUGAAAAAACGGGAAGGGCAUCUCAACGAGCCAGUUGCAGCCAAAACAAGACUGGGAUGGACCAUUUUCGGAUCUAUACAGGAUGCACGGGCACAAGAAACUCCACAAAACACUAAUCUUCACAUUUGCGCUCGCUCACGUGACCAAGAAUUGCAUGAUGCAGUGAACGAGUUUUUUAACGUAGAGAAUCUUGGUGUUACUGGUAUCCCAAUGAUUGAAGCAGAGGAUGAUCAACGAGCUCGGAAGAUUCUUCGGUCAAUGGCAGAGCGACGUUCAAAAUGUUUGGAACGAAGGCUAGAAAGGCAACCAGAUCUAUACGCAAACGUCAAGCAGCAGAUCAACGAUUAUCGAAACAACGGCUAUGCACAUAUAGUGACAAAGGAAGAAUUGGCCAACUCUGACCCCAGGACAGUUUGGUAUCUUCCAUUAGGAAUCGUUUUGAACCCAAACAAACCAGGCAAAGUUCGAGUAGUGUGGGAUGCAGCAGCAAAAGUUGAUGGCAUUUCACUUAACUCUAUGCUGUUGAAGGGGCCUGAUCUCCUCGCAUCGCUACCAACGGUUUUAUACGGUUUCCGACAACGUCAAAUUGCUAUAACUGGUGAUAUAAAGGAGAUGUUCCAUCAAAUAGCUAUUCGUCCUCAGGGCCGACAAGCGCAACGAUUUUUGUGGCGGGAUAAUUCAACACAACCAAUACAGGAGUACGUGAUGGAUGUGGCAACCUUUGGUUCAACAUGCUCGCCAUGCUCCGCGCAUUAUGUCAAAAAUCGGAAUGCCGAAGAGUGGAAAGAUAUACACCCGCAAGCUGCCAUGGCCAUAAUUGACAACCACUACGUGGACGACUAUUUGGACAGUGUAGAUACCGAAGAAGAAGCGAUUCGCUUGGCGUUAGAAGUGAAAACCGUACACGCGAAAGGUGGAUUCCAUAUUCGAAACUGGUUAUCUAAUUCGGAUGCGGUCAUUAAACAGAUCGGGGACUGCGGUUCGGAAGCGUCAAAAUGUUUUACUCUGGACAAAACGACGGGAGCUGAGAGAGUAUUGGGUAUGAUUUGGUUACCAAAUGAAGACGUAUUCACGUUUGCUGUCAAGUUUCGAGACGAUAUCCAGCCCUUGUUGGAGGACUCCAGGAAAGUCUUACGUGUCGUAAUGAGCAUAUUCGAUCCUCUGGGUUUCGUCGCCCCCUUUGUAGUACAUGGCAAGUGUCUAAUUCAGGAUAUAUGGCGAUCGAAGGUAGGAUGGGAUGAAAAGGUUACUGAUGAGAUUUUCUCGCGUUGGAAAAAAUGGGUUCAAGUACUUGGCAGACUUUGCGAGGUUAAGAUUCCUCGCUGCUACUUUCCAGGAUACAGUGCGGAUAGUUUAGACACGUUAGAACUCCACGUGUUCGUGGACGCAAGCGAAAGUGCAUAUGCUAGCGUAGCCUAUUUCCGUAUCGUUGAUUGCGGUCGAGUUCGUUGUGCUCUGGUGGCUUCUAAGACAAAGGUUGCUCCGCUGAAGCCAAUGACGAUUCCUCGUCUCGAAUUACAAGCAGCGGUUCUUGGGGCACGUAUGGCUAAAACUAUACAAGAAAGUCACAAAAUUCCAAUUAGACUUCGAGUAAUGUGGAGCGAUUCGAGUACAGUGCUUUCGUGGAUUCGUUCUGAUACACGACGAUAUCCCAAAUUCGUAGCAUUCAGAGGCAGUGAGAUUCUUAACGUGACGAGCUUAGAUGAGUGGAGAUGGCUUCCAACACGUUUAAGUGUAGCGGAUGAGGCUACGAAAUGGGGUACUGGACCAAGUUUCCGUAAAGAAAAUCGUUGGUUCCGAGCCCCAGAAUUCUUGAACGGAUAUGAAGUAGAAUGGCCAGCAAAUAAUCUACCACCACCAGGCACGACUGAAGAACUGCGCCCUGUCGUUGUUCAUCACAGGCAGGCAUUCGAACCACCAAUGGAUUAUAAACGAUUCUCUAAAUGGGAGAGACUACUUCGGUCAGCGGCCUUUGUUUACCGCUUCAUCGAAAACAGUAGGAAAAUGUCCCAGGGCAAAAACUCCAUCAACACAGGAAUUUUAUCCCAAGAAGAGCUGCAGAAAGCAGAAGCAUGUCUUUGGCGUUGA